CUAUUCAGAAUCCACUGGCUGAAAUUUUCAAAUCUCUAAUCUUGCUUUGAUUUUUCUGUGGAGCCCAGUCCCAAUUCUGAAGCUAGCUAAGGAUUGCCAACAGCCAUUUGAUAAAGCAGCUUACCAAAAACCACUCUUACUUCGAAGAUGCUAAGAGAUUUACGAGUCCUUUGGCAGCAAAUGGACUUUAAGGAAGACUAAUAUAUUUUACAAUAUCACAGGUGUAUAUUCAGCCUGUGAACAAUCUGACAUUUUGAAGUAUGCGUUUGUCUUAAACCUUUGAAGGGCUUCUGUUUCCAUAAGCAUGCUGCUCAUAACCUCGCUGAUGUUUUUGUGUGCCUGAAUUUACAAAUUCUUCUUGGCUGUUCUCUUGAGCAGGCUCCCUUUCUUAUGUGGAGCUUGGAGAGUUCCAGCUGAGCGCCAAGUCAGGAAAAGGAGGUGUGGACUUUUGGGCCGUGCCGCUCAGCAGCUAGAAUGUGGUUGGCAGUCUCCUCCCCUUCCUGCACUUCAGCCGUACGCAGUGUACACUCUGGAAUGACAGGCAUUCCUGAGCGGAGAGAGCCAGUGUGAAGACAUAUUUGAAAGCACUGCAAGUGGCCAGACCUGAACACGGGGGCAUGGAAACUCUGGCGGAUUAAUUGAGCUCGUGCCAUUUCCUGGUGUUUGUUUGGCAGUGACACCAAGAGAGGAUUGUGUGUCCCCUCCUUACGUGGAUUUGUCUUUUUAAGAAGUUUGCUUUUGCCCAGGAGAGUUUGUUGUCGUGAGAUACAUCAGACAAUUUAAUCAUGGGGCAAGCUGAUGUCUCCAGACCGGUAAAUCCAGAUGCAGUUGAAGAAGCCGGCCAGACCGCUGCAGAUCCCGGCAUGGUCAUGGGCAGUUUGGAAGCUGGGGACACAACGCCUCCCACCAAAAGGAAAAGCAAGUUCUCAGGCUUUGGCAAAAUCUUCAAACCCUGGAAAUGGAGGAAAAAAAAAAGUAGUGAUAAAUUCAAAGAGACAUCAGAAGUUCUAGAACGGAAAAUAUCUAUGCGCAAACCCAGAGAAGAGCUGGUUAAAAGAGGGGUUCUGCUGGAAGACCCUGAGCAAGGUGCUGAGGAUCCCGGAAAGCCAAAUUAUGCCACAUUAAAGAAUGGCCAUACCACCCCCCUAGGGAGCACUGGAUCCUCUAGUCCAGUCCAAAUAGAGGAAGAGCCAGCAGGCAUAGCAAGUCUUCGGAAAGCUGUUCCCGAAGAGGAUCCGAAGAAGCGACUUGGCUCAACCGGAAGCUGGUCUAAUUCUGAAGGAGAGUGUGUUCCUGAGAGUGUACCCAAACAGCCUUUAUUUCCCCCCAAAAGACCCUUGUCUUCUUCCUAUGAAGGAAAUGAAGGACAAGCAAAGAAUGCCUCUUCGGGCAGCAUGGCAAGGUCCAUCUCUUCCACUUCCACCUCUUCCAUCAAUGCAACACCUGCUGCCACCACAGCUGCCACAGGUCUGGCAAAGACUGCUAAUGCCUUCAUUACCCCUUGCCCAGCACCCAGGACUCUGACUUCUGCUCCCACCAGCACCAACACUACUAGCACCCCAAACCUUACUCACCCAGUCUCCACCAAGCAGCCUCCCAUCCCUCCACCUAAACCAGCUCACAGAAACAGCAACCCUGUAAUUGCGGAACUGUCUCAAGCAAUUAACAAUGGUACACUGUUAUCAAAACCCUCCCCACCCUUGCCACCCAAAAGAAGCAUUCCAUCAAGCCUUGUCCCCACCUCGGAAUCUGCUGCUGUUACCACCACCAAAACACUAAGUGACCAGAGGGAGAAGAACACAGGCUCUGUGAGCUCUGAACCUGUGCUGGUGGUCCCGCCCCUCUCCCCGUCCCCACCUCUGCCUACUCACAUUCCCCCUGAGCCCCCACGCUCCCCUCUGUUGCCUACAAAGACUUUUGAAGUUGUGCCAGAAAUGAAGUUUCUUCCAUCCAUAGAUCCACCCCAAGAGACUCCACAACAGGAAGAUGAGAAAAAAGAACUCCCCAAGAGGAUAUUGGACCAUAGCUUUGGGGAACCCCAUGUCCCUUCCAGGUUGCCCCCAGUCCCACUGCAUAUUCGAAUCCAGCAGGCCCUGACCAGCCCACUUCCCAUGACCCCUCCCUUGGAGGGCUUUCAGAGAGCUCAUUCAUUGCUCUUUGAGAACAGUGACAAUUUUUCUGAAGAUAGCAACACCCUGGGCCGGACCAGGUCACUUCCUGUCACUAUUGAAAUGCUCAAAGUUCCAGACGAUGAAGAAGAGGAGGAGCAGCUCUGCCCGUCUGCCUUCAGCAUAGACAUGACCUCUACCUCAGCCGCUCCUGCACAGCCGCACUGUCUGCAGGAGGAAGAGGAAGGGAAGGAAAGUGACUCUGACUCAGAGGGUCCCAUCCAGUAUCGGGACGAAGAGGAUGAAGAUGAAAGCCAUCAGAGUGCUCUGGCCAACAAAGUGAAGAGAAAAGACACACUGGCCAUGAAGUUGAACCACAAACCUAGUGAACCAGAGUUGAACUUGAACCCUUGGCCUCAUAAAAGCAAGGAGGAGUGGAAUGAAAUUCGACACCAGAUUGGGAACACAUUGAUCCGACGACUGAGUCAAAGACCAACACCAGAAGAAUUAGAGCAGCGAAAUAUACUGCAACCUAAAAAUGAAGCUGAUCGUCAAGCCGAAAAACGAGAGAUCAAACGUCGCCUCACUAGAAAGCUCAGUCAAAGGCCAACUGUGGCUGAGCUCCUUGCCAGGAAGAUUCUGAGGUUUAACGAAUACGUGGAGGUAACAGAUGCUCAGGAUUAUGACCGACGGGCUGACAAACCUUGGACCAAACUGACUCCUGCUGACAAGGCUGCCAUAAGAAAAGAAUUAAAUGAAUUUAAAAGUUCGGAGAUGGAGGUUCAUGAAGAGAGCAAACAUUUCACACGCUACCAUCGUCCAUGACAUUGAGUGUGAGAGAGGAGCUGGAUGACCUGUCCCCGCACACAAGGCUGCUUUACUGCUUCUGUCUCCAGGGUGACAUGUGGAAGGGACUUCAGCACUUCUCUGCACCCCCAGAACUGUUGUGGGAUGAACAACGCUUGUACGAAUGUAGCAUUUCACUGGAUGGGGUUCUCUGUGCUGCCCUGGGGGCAAAAGGGAACCCUCUGUCGGUGCUGUUGAGCUUUUCCGUGUUGCAGCUUACCUGCCCGGCCACCAGCAUUCUGGGCCACUUGCUGGUUCUGGGUUUCAUUGGCUCCCUGUCCCCCUCACCCUCUGGUGACUGUUCUCAGUAGGUACCGUUAACCUUACCUGCCCUGCCCAAGUUCUGUGCAGGCAUGAAACAGCCAUCAGAGCAGCCAGUAGUGGCAAGAACCUUCUGGGGGUCCUUCCACAUCGGAGCGGCCACCUCGAGGGAUGCCUUUGUCGCAUGCCGGCUGAAAGCAGACACCAAGCCUCCUGGAAAAUAGCACUGUAAUUCUCUGCAGGCACUCAAGCCUGGGGCUGGUCAGGCUCUGACGCGCUGCUCCUCUUGCAUCGGCCUGGCUUGUAUUUGCAAGUGCUCUGGAGGGUGUCACAGGAACGUGGUUUUGCUUGUCAUAAAUAGUCUGAGCUGCAACCAGAAUCCAAGCUGGUUAAAUGAAAAACAUGUAUUUUUUCUACAUACAGAAACAAGGAAAGGCCUUACUAUUAAUGCCAACUUGGCCAAAAACUGACCAGUGGCUCUGAUAUUUGUGUUACCUCCAAGCAGUGCUGCCAUGCAUCCCUCUAGAAAGUGGAGCUGUGGCAGCUCUGUGGGCACACCUCUGGGCUGCUGGCCCCACUCCAGCCGGAAUCCCGACACAGCUCUAAGGGUUUGAGGGGUCAGCCCCGGGAGCAGGUCUGUGAGAAUGAGCAGGCUUAAUGCAGCCCCUGCUCCUCUCCUUCCCAGUGCUGUGUGCCCUCUGCUGUUGCACUGGCCCUCCUGCCAGCCCCGACCCUCUCACCAACCCUAGCCCCCUGCCGCCAGCCAUGCAAUAGCCAGUAUGGUUAGUUACCUGGGUGGCAGCCCAGCCCCACUCCCUUUUGUAUUUAUAAAUAUAUCAAUAUGAUUUCUUAAAACAAAAUUUUUAUUUUUAUUGAAAACCAAUCAGCCUCACUGUUUUCCAUCUAAUUCCUAACCAGACUGUAAGUGGGAAAGAAUAACUUCUAACAGGACUGUGGCUUUUUCCUUCACUUGAUGUUUAGGGCAUUGUGGUUAUUUUGUAGAUUUCUAAUGAUUGAUUUUGUAUUUGUUCUGUAUGUACUUUUCAUUAGAGUUUCAUCCUUUCCUGUCUAUUUAACACUCACUAAAGAAUCAGAAUAUCAGGUUAAAACAUAAAAGCUAAAGUGGCCUUAAACUGUAGUGUCUUCUCUCUGCGGGAACAGGAAGGAAUCGGAGUGCUGAGUGACAGAUGUUUCUGGCUACAGAGACAACACCACAACUACAUCUUGCACUCGGUGCACGUGCACUAACUUAAGAGGUCAGCAGUGAGCCUGUUGAUCUGUGGAAUACAAGCUGGCCGCACAGGAACUGCUGCCUGGUCUUUACAGUUUGGGGAGUGCUUGGUGUACCCCUGCAAUCUCUGUGGCCUGGAAUGUUUUUCAAGUCCUUCCACUGCCUUCCUUCCCUCAAUGUGCCAACCUUGAAACAGAACUUGGUUCCCUGACCCGCUUGUCCACCUUCCACAUGCCACCAAGGAAUCUGGAUGAGCUUUCAUCUCACGUUCUUGAAACAGGACACUCGAGAUCAAGUCUUUUCAGGUGUUUAUUUAGGAGUCAUGUACAUAAAAAUGAAUUUCAUGUUCCCUUUCUGUAUAAAUGGGUACUGUCACAGAAACAAUCAUGUAUAAAAUAAAUAAAUAACAGCCUAGUGUACUUUGAGAUGAUUCCCUGAUGUACAGACCCUCCUUGUUAAAUAAAUCAUUAU